AUGCGCCCCCCCCCCCAGGACGUGCGCGGCAAGUUUGGUGACGACUGGGAGCGCAUCGCGCGCAUGAGCAUCAUCGAGGAGACGCCCGGCGGCGAGAAGUUUGUGCGCAUGGCGUUCCUGGCGUGCGUGGCCAGCCACACCAUCAACGGCGUGGCCGCCAUCCACUCGGAGAUCAUCAAGAACACCAUCUUCAAGGACUUCUACGACCUCUGGCCCCACAAGUUCCAGAACAAGACCAACGGCGUGACGCAGCGCCGCUGGCUGGCGUUCUGCAACCCCCGGCUGCGCGCCAUCAUCACGGAGCGCCUCGGGGGCGAGAGCUGGAUCACGCACCUCAACGAGCUCACGGCCCUCCGCGAGAUCGCCGGCGACACCGCCUUCCAGGAGGAGUGGCGCAGCGUCAAGGCCGCAAACAAGGAGCGCGCCGCCCGCAAGGUGAAGCGCAUCCACGAGUACAAGCGGCAGCUGCUCAACGUGCUGUCCAUCAUCCAGCGCUACGACGCCAUCAAGAAGGCCUCACCGGAGGAGAGGAAGAAGCACACAUAG